AUGCAUUCCGCCUAUCUCUUGCCUCUCCUGGCUGGUCUGGCUGCCUCGCAGUCGACCACCACUGACAUCCCGGCCGACGUGGUGCCGACUCCGGAUGCCCUGGACGUCGACUUCCUCCGCGACAUCCCCGCCCCGACCUACACCACCAUCGAGGGUGUUCUGUCUCAGGAUGUGCCCUACGCCACCCAGACCGCCAUCCAGUCCGCUGCCGCCGAGGUUUCCGAGACUCCUCUGAGCGUCUUCCCCGCCAUCACCACCGUCCCCAUCAACGCCGCCGGUGAAUCCGAUGCCACCGCUACCGACACCCCGUCCAAGCGCCAGGCCGUUGCCGCUGCCGCCGCCAUCCAGAGGCGCGCCGCUUGCGAUUCGCAGGCCACCAUCUCCAACUACUACAACGUCGACGUGUCGAGCUAUGCCAGCUUCAAGGCCGACACCAAGAUCGCCCAGGUCGCCAACGAUGCCGCCACCCCCUCGGGUUACACCAACAGCUUCAAGAACAAGCAGGCUGCCAACAGCGCAUAUGCCUACUUGGGCUACAAGGUCCUGCAGACCGGCUAUGAUGUCGCCAACUGCGCUCAGGAGUGUACCGACAAGGAGGGCUGCCUUGCUUUCAACAUCUACUUCGAGCGUGACCCCACCAUCGAGCCUGGUGAUGGCUGCACCAACCCGACUGCUUUUGCCAACAUCAAGUGCUCCUUCUGGGGAAGCGCCCUCGACGAGACCACGGCCACCAACGAUGGCCAGUGGCGCUCCGAGUUCCAGGUUGGCAUCGCUGGAUCCAACGCCUACACUUCUGAGAAGGUUGGCCCGUCUAUUGCCGGCUGGAACGACCCUCUGAGGCUCAACAACGCCGCCAUGAACGCUCCCCUGCGUGAUUGCGCCGGCACCUGGACCUACAUGGGUUACAAGUUCUUCAACGACGGUCCCUUCAGCGUCGACGCCUGCGCCGCCGCCUGCGACGCUCAGACCGAGUACAACAUCGCCCACCCGCCGUCGUCUGGUUAUGUUCCCCUCUGCGCCGCAUUCGGCACCUACCUCCUGACCAAGACCACUUCCUCGGGCUCUGUCAUCCAGGGCCAGAUGUGCACCAUGUACACUUCGGCUUGGGACGCCCAGUAUGCCGUCAACACGGCUUCGUACGAUGACUCGAUUGGAGCCAAGUACACGUACAGCUACAGCUACUUCUACUCCAAGCCUGACGUCCAGCCCGUCUGCGAUGUCGACAUCAGCUACCUCAAGUCCGCGGGCGCUGAAUUCUGCUCGUCUUACAUCAGCUACACUCCCAGCACCUCGGUCGAGGUCUCUACCACGGUCCCCGGUGUGUCCACUGUCUACCAGACCACCGGUGCCACGACCACCACGACUGUCUACACCAGGACUGCGACUGUGACGGCAUCGGCUGGCAACCUGAAGAGAGACGACGACUCGGCCUACACCGGCAGCGACUACAGCAUCGACGUCUCCACCUCCACCGUGUCCAUCCCCAACAAGGCCGCCCUCGGCAACUCGACCGCCACUCCGUCCGACGUUCAGAUCGCCAAGCGUGCCGUCCAGACGCCUACUUCGAUCGUGAACUGGCCCGCCGCCAAGAUCUCGGCUGCUUGCUCCAACGUCGCCACCGGUGUCGUUUUGACCACCAGCAUCUCCACCGCCCCGGUUCCUCUGACCACUGCCGUCGUCACCCGCACCACCACCGAGACCGUGUCCACCGUGUCGACCUUGACCAUCCCCGCCGUCCUUCUCUCGUCGCCGACGACCAUUGUCUCGGGCGCCACCACGUCCUCGGACGACAACUACUACAGACUGGAGCUUCCCUUCUCCAUCAGCAUCUACGGCAUCUCCAGCAGCGUCGUCUACCUGACCGACAACUCGGUCCUCUACUGGCCUUCGUCCGACGCCGCCUACAACUACGGCUGGGAGUACACCAACCAACCGCUUCCGUACUCGACGAACUCGUUCGGCAACGCCGCGCUCUUCGGCCUCUGGGACGACCUGUACGUCUACCGCGGCACCAACCAGGGCAUCUACUACGACGUCACCGGCGCCGUCGGCGACCGCACCGUCGUCUUCGAGUUCUACACGUCGGCUUACAGCCGCUCGACCGAGUUCUACCACUUCACCAUCACCAUGACGGAGAGCAACCCGGGCGUCGCCGUGUACAGGUACUACGACGUCUACCAGUCGGGCUACUCGGCCACCGUCGGCGCCCAGAAGAGGGGCGGCUCCGCCGUCCAGUACUCGUACAACCAGGCCAUCAUCACCGCCGGCCUCAUGCUCACCGUCGACACCAACCGGAACACCAUCACCCGCGGUUCUUUCACCCCGUAA